UAAUAAUAAUAUUAAUAAUAAUAGCCCAGUGCUGAUGUGAAUGUGCACGAGCGCAGCGGCCUCGUCAGAAGACUCUAGAAACACCGGCGAGGCUCUUUGUUGAGGCGCGUGCAGCGAGCAGAGCAGAGCCUCGCGCUCAGCCGGAAUACAGCACUGUACAAUCACACACACUCACACACGCGUCUCUCGCGCAGUACACGACCAUUAAAACACGAUUCAAACACCUCACCACUCACCAUGAUGAUUACACGAUGUGCUGAAGAGAAGCGCACGCUACCGGAAGAACCGACUGGAGAGGAACGAGACAGAUCAACCGCUUCCGGCGGCGGUCCCACCUGUCUGUCCAGGUAGAGGAGGAAGCAGAGCGAGCACAGAGAGCAGAGCAGAGCUGAAGCAUGGAGCGAGAGGAUCCUCAGAACGACUCCUUCGACUUCCUCUUCAAGAUCAUCCUCAUCGGGGACUCCAACGUGGGCAAGACCUGCCUGGUGCACAGCUUCAAGAGUGGCCUGUUCUCCGAGACGCAGCAGAACACCAUCGGCGUGGACUUCACCGUGCGCACACUCACCAUCGACGGCCGCCGAGUCAAGAUGCAGGUGUGGGACACGGCAGGACAGGAGCGCUUCCGCACCAUCACACAGAGCUACUACCGCAGCGCUCACGGGGCCAUGAUCGCCUACGACAUCAGCCGCAGGGACACUUUUGACUCCGUGCUACGCUGGCUCCACGAGCUGCAGCGCUUCGGGGCCGCCAACGUGCUCACCGCGCUCAUAGGUAACAAGCGUGAUCUGGAGGAGGAGCGGCAGGUGCAGUUUGCAGACGCUUGUAAGCUAGCGGAGGAGCAGGGCAUGCUAGCAGCUCUGGAGACGUCAGCGAGAGAGAAGCAGAGUGUGGAGGAGGCGUUCAUCAUGAUGGCGCGGCAGCUGCUGCAGCAGAACGGCCUUUGUGUCACGCCAGACACGGACACACAUGUGUUGCUGCGCACUAACUCUCGCGCUGUCGUCAGCGGGCCGUCGCUAGCAGAGCACCAGAAACAACAGCCCUGCCAGUGCUGAUCACAACACAGGGGCCGUCCACUCAGAGCGCAUGCUUGCAUUACAAAGCACUGGUGUACAUUCUUUAUGUAUACAUACUAUGACUGGUGCAUCGUGUCUUGCAUAUGAGCGUCACGGUUUAUUUUUUUGUUGUUUGCCUUUAUUAGGACUAGAAGUGAGGUGGGACACAGAGGGGGGUGGAAUCGGGAAAGUCGGAAUGCAGAAGCGUAAUGGCGCUAUAUGUUAGCGCACUGCCCAGAGCAUCGCGUUUUUUUAAGAGCUCCAACUUUUACACACAGCGGACCAAUCAGAAGACCCUGAAGGCGGAGCAAGCAUAGUUUACUGGAGCAGGUUGGCAUGGCUGGCAACUGUGUUAUUUGACAGCCACAUGGCAGAGGAGUUUUUCCAAAACCAUUGCUGGUGCUGCGUCUCACGUUUUAUGCGUUAUCUCAUGUUUAGUGUUUCUGCUUGCAUGUUUCCUCUGAAUAAAUGAAGUCACUGCCCUCAACACUGAAGAAAACAAUCCCAAUACAUCUGAAGAGUUUUAUUAAAAUUAAAAAUCACUAUUUAUUGUACAUCAGCGAGUUUUGCUGUAGUGUGCUGGAAUAUUAUAUUAUAAAUGUGAUGUAAUUUACAGUUUACACAGUGAUUUUAUUUGAACAGACUGUUGUUAUCUUUGAAUCUCUAGUGAAUGCAAGUUAAAUCGAGGAUGUUUGCCCUGGACAAUGAGAUGAGGAAGAGCAUCAGUUUCUGUGGUGCAGUGACGUUGUUUUGCACUCAUGUGGAUAAACGUCUCUAUAAACGUUCUCCGUCUCAGUGGAUGCUCAUGUCUAA